UCAAAUAUGGCAGAUAAAGCAAUGAAAGGAGGUGCAAGAUGUAAUGAUAGGUGUGGCUGCUCAGUUCCUUGCCCUGGUGAUUCCACCUGCAGGUGUGCAAGUGAGAGUGAAGGUGGAGGUGGAACUCAACACUUGACAUGUCCGUGCGGAGAGCACUGUGAGUGCAACCCAUGCACAUGUCCCAAGACAGUUGCUGCUGGAGCUGGUUGCAAGUGUGGCCCAGGUUGCGCUUGUGCAUCCUGCCGCCGUGCCUGAUUAGUACUAUUAUUAUUUCCAUCACAAGCGUAGAUAUAUGUGGGUUUUUAUUUUAUUAUGGUGUAUUUUGGUUUUGUUAUGCGUAUUUUUAGGGGUCAUGUAGGUUAAUAAUGAAUGUGUUGUUAAUUCGCGUUCGUUGUUUUUCUGAAUGAAUAAUGGACGUGUUGUAUAAUUUUCUCUACUAAGUAGAAGUUGUGAGUUGGGAUUGUUCAUUAUAUAUGUA